AGGUUCCACAGCACCUGACCCACCCACCCACCACCACUACCACCACUACCCCAGGGUGUUUGUCCUGAGAGCUGGGAGCAGACACGGGAGAGACGGUAGUGAAGCCAGGGCUGACGGAAGAGAAGCGACCACCGAGGCACCGACAGGGACAAAAGGAUAGCAGGGGAGGACAGAGAAGAAGGGCAUACAGAGCAGGAGGAGAAACCACACAGCCAGCAGGAGUUGUUAACAGGUGGAGUGUUUAACCGAAAAUGAGUACGUACACAGUGACUCUGAAUGGCCCUGCUCCAUGGGGCUUCAGACUACAGGGAGGAAAGGACUUCAACAUGCCACUCACCAUCUCCAGGAUAACUCCGGGCAGCAAGGCGGUGGGCGGCAGCCUGGCCCAGGGCGACGUCAUCUCAGCCAUCGAUGGGGUCAGCACCGAGGGGAUGACGCACCUGGAGGCCCAGAACAAGAUCAAGUCUGCCACCAACAAACUGUCACUCACCAUGCUGAAAUCAAGACGUCCUGCACCAGUUCCCACAGCAACUCCAAGAAUGGACUCACCCAUGCCAGUCAUCGCCCACCAGAAGGUUAUCGCAAACACAGCUGCAAAUGUGGAGUAUACUCCCAGUUUCAACCCCAUAGCUCUGAAAGACUCGGCCCUGUCCACCCACAAGCCAAUUGAGGUGAAGGGUCCGGGAGGAAAGGCCACCAUUGUUCACGCCCAGUACAACACACCAAUCAGCAUGUACUCACAGGACGCCAUCAUGGACGCCAUCGCAGGGCAGUCGCAGGCUAAGGGACACGACAGUGAGGAGGCUCAAGGCUCCCCCUUGGCUGGAGCUCUGCCAGUCAAGGACCCUGUAGUAGACUGUGCGUCUCCAGUUUACCAGGCAGUGAUCAGGCCAGGAGAGACAGCCCAGGAUAUGUCUGAAUGGGCCCGUCGUGCUGCCAACCUGCAGUCCAAGAGCUUCAGGAUCCUGGCCCACAUCACUGGCACUGAAUACAUGCAAGACCCAGAUGAGGAAGCCCUGCAGAAGUCGAGAGAGAAGUUUGAGUCGGAGGUGAAAGGGCCCCGCUUUGCCAAGCUGAAGAACUGGCACAACGGACUGUCUGCACAGAUCCUCAAUGUCCAGGAAUAAAGAGGAGCAGGAGAGAAAGUGAGAGAGAGAGAGAGGACGUGUAAAGAAGGACAUGGACAUAAGCACAGGAGUUAACAGGAAGAGGGGGAUAAAUUAUGGAGGAAAAAUAAGGAACAGGAGGGGGAGGAAACUCCUCAGGAAUGUGAGAUAGCGUUGUAGUCUAGAUUAGUAGAAUGUGAGAUACUAACUGUUAGUGUGAGAAUGCUAUGAGUCCAUAAGCUCAACAUUACCUGUCAAUGUAUCUGUCCGCUGCUAAGACCUGAUCUUGCAUUUGGGUUUUUCUUUCUUUCUUUGUGUCCUGUUUGUUUGGGGUCUGUCUCUCUUACAGUAUUCAAGUGAAAAUACAGAACUGAUUAUGUUUCUUUUAGUACAUAAACCGCAUUCACAAACAUAUGUAUUUUAACACUAUAUAAGCAUGCUUGUGAGAAGGCACAGAAGGACAAAUAUACACAUAGAGAUUAACCUACAUGCACAAAUACAGUAUGUAAAAAAAAAUGCACUCAAAAAAUGUACUGAUAUCAAUGUGAAUAAAUGUUUUCUUAAAACCAUA